AUGGCUGCUGGCCACGAGCUCCUGACGUACUCGACGAAGACCGCGCGACGGAAGGGAGCUCCACGGAAGGGCUACUGGCCGCGAGCUCCACGGAAGGGCUACUGGCAGGAGGCCUCCCUGGGUGCGGUCCUCCAUGACGGCGUACAUCAGAAAGUACUAAGUAGUGCCUUUGUUUUUGCCAAGUUGAUUCAGUUCUUCUUUUCGUGUACCAGCUUCUGGCCUUAUGGGCCAAGUGUUUGGCAUGAUAGUUACCUGCUUGAAGACGAGGCGCUCCUCUGCAGUCUACCCUUCCUGAGCUUCGGCUGCCAACCACUGUGCUCUAACAGCCCCGCUGUCGCGCAGAGCAGCAGCCUGCAAGCUCCCUGUCUUGUUCCUUGCGACACAGGCGAGCUGGAUACAAGCUUUGAUGAUGAUCUGCUGAGGUGCUGGGAGGCUAUAGAGCAAUCUGAUGACAGCACAGAAGACAGUGGGAAGGGGUUGCCACUACUGUGUUAUGGCGAGGAGAGCGGAGCAGCUUCGAACGCCAUGAGAGCAGACCGCGUUAGAUCAGAGAGGGUGCUGACAUUCGAGCUCGUGUCACAGUACUUCUACAUGCCGAUCACGCAGGCGGCUCGAGAGCUGAACGUCGGGCUCACCGUUCUGAAGAAGAAAUGCAGAGAGCUUGGGAUUCCCAGGUGGCCGCAUCGCAAGCUGAAGAACUUGCAGACCCUCAUCAACGACGUCGAGGUCCUGCAGGAGGCAGGCAAGGCGAACGACGGCGAGCAGCUGAGGGCGAUGGUGGAGAUGCUGGAGCAGGAGAGGCGGCUCCUGGAGCAGAGGCCGUACGUUGAGCUCGAGGAGAAGACGAAGAGGCUUCGGCAGGCCUGCUUCAAGGCCAGCUACAAAAAGAGACGUCUCUUGGUUCUUGAACCUGGGGAGGCAUCCAAGUACUAUUGAUGCAGAGCCCAAGUGUUUCUUCCAUGUUUUAUUAGAGUCUGGUGCAUUUCAGUUUCUACUAUGCAUCCCUGUGCUCUGGGUGAAGAACACAAAUUAUGAUAGCAGAAGAAUUGGGCUAAACACCUGCUUGUAUGGCAAAAAUUACUACUAGUAGUACUAUCAGGCAUGUGAUGUG